UUACCAAACCACAUCCAGUCGGGUGACGCUUACAGGCUCAGUCAAGCGUGUCCGUGCACUGUGCGUCAGUCGAGUGGUGAAGUGUAUUGCUGCGGACGUACUAGGCCCGGGGAAGGUAGGCUCAUGAAUUUCUGUUUUUAUCGUUUAAAUCGGUUUAAGGAUACGUUUAAGACGCUGUUCAUUUUUCGUUUUUAAAGAAACAGACAUUAGACCUACUACAUCAAGAAAUAGAGUAGCAGAUACAAAAACAGUCAAUGAAUUCAAGAUAAAAAUAAUAAUAAAACUACUGCGGACAGAAUACUACAAGAAUGGGAUUCUUUAGGCAAGUGGGACUUCUGCUAUGGAAGAACUGGCUCUUGCAGAAGAGAAAAAUUUGUGUGUCGAUAUUUGAAGUUCUUUUACCUGUUGGGUUUGCCAUUCUGGUUCUUCUGAUCCGUCUGGCAGUGAAAGCCAAAGAGUACCCUGACCCAACCUAUUACCCUACCAAAUCACUCAUAACAGACUCUCUAGUAAAUUCCCCUCAGAUCGGAUUUACACCCAACACACUGGACACCAACAAAGUGAUGGACAAAGUGUUAAAGAAUAUAAACACUAUGUCACAUAACAGCACAUAUGUGAAGUUUCCCUUUGACACAGAGGACGAUGCAGUCAAAUAUUUCCGCUACAACUCCUCACUUAUGCAGAUGGUGGUCGUGUUUGCUGAUGUCUCGGCUACAUCGCGGCUGCCCAAAAACAUAAAAUUUUCAAUCCGGCCUUACACAGGCAGCGCCAGGUGGAGGACUGAGCUCAACUUCCCAGUUUUUCAGAGUAACUCUCCAAGAAAAGACACAGACGAACCAUUGUAUGAAUCACGUGGUGUUUUGAUGAUGCAAUACCUGGUUGGCUUAGCAGUGACUGACUAUCAUCGCGAAGUGGAAGGCCUGCCUGCUGCCAACCUUACAGUAUACAAGCAGAGAAUGGCUUAUCCCCAUUAUAUUGAUGACCCCAUGAUUCUAAUUAUCCAAAACAACCUUCCGUUGUUCAUUGUAUUGAGUUUUAUACUCAGUAUAAUCAUCAAUACCAAAAAUCUUGUGUACGAGAAAGAAAGGAAACUUAAGGAGUCCAUGAAACUGAUGGGACUAACAAGCUCAGUCCACUGGGUAUCCUGGUUCAUCACCUACGCCGUCUACCUUGUCCCUGCCAUGGCAAUCUAUGCAAUCAUAUUCUCCAUCAAAGUGUCCAACGCAGGCUCCGUGCUGGCCAAUACAGACCCAAGUCUCUUCUUUGUGUUCCUGUUGUGUUACUCCCUAGCCAUGAUAUCUUUUUGCUUCAUGGUCAGCACAUUUGUACAGAAAGCCAAUGUGGGAGCCGCUGUCGCAGGUGUUUUGUUCUUUGGAUUCUUCUUUCCUUACUUUUUUAUGACCCAAACCUACGACACCCUCACCAGAAACAGCAAAUUGGGCGCUUCACUUUUGUUUAAUGUCGCCAUGUCCCUGGGAGCAAAUGUUAUAGGCAUACAUGAAGGAACAGGUGAGGGUGCACAGUGGAGAAACUUUUACCAACCAGCCACUGUUGAUGACAACCUGAGUCUACUGGCCUGUAUGAUCAUGCUGCUGGUGGACACAGCCAUACACCUCAUCAUCUGCUGGUACCUGGACAACAUCAGGCCUGGGGAGUAUGGCAUCCCUAAACCAUUCUACUUCUGCUUCACAAAAUCAUACUGGUGUGGAUCAAGCCAGGCCUCUGAUGCUGUUUAUCAAACUGAGAAUGAACACAACCGACGUUUUGAAAAAGAGCCCACGAAUACCCACCCGGGAAUACAAAUUUUGAAUUUGAAAAAGACUUUUGGAAGAAAAGUAGCUGUUGCUGGAACAUCCUUGAAUUUGUAUGAAGGACAAAUUACAGUUCUGCUGGGCCAUAAUGGAGCAGGAAAGACAACUACUAUGUCUAUGUUGACUGGCUUUAUCCCACCCACCAGCGGAACAGCAAUUGUGAAUGGAUUUGACAUCAGAACCAACAUCGCUGGUGUCCGAGGAAGCCUGGGCCUGUGUCCACAACACAACAUCCUCUUUGAUACCAUGACUGUGAGAGAACACCUACUGUUUUUUGCUAAGUUGAAGGGGUACCAAAGUCCAACUCUUGAAGAGGAAGUGAUUGCCAUGGCAAAGGAAGUUGGUUUGGACACCAAGAUCCACACUGCGUCCACCAACCUUUCUGGUGGUCAAAAGAGGAAACUUUCUGUUGGGAUAGCCCUGAUUGGAGGAUCAAAGGUUGUCAUACUGGACGAGCCGUCCUCUGGUAUGGAUCCGGCCGCAAGGCGCCAGACCUGGAAUGUUUUGCAGAGAGCCAGACAAGGGAGGACACUGGUGCUGAGCACACACUACAUGGACGAGGCUGACCUGCUCGGGGAUAGAAUUGCAAUCAUGGCUGAAGGAGUGGUCAAGUGCUGUGGCAGUUCCAUGUUUUUGAAAAAACUUUACGGCGCUGGCUACCAUCUAGUCGUGGUCAAGCUGCCCCACUGUAACGUUGACGAACUGACCCGCUACAUUCAGACCCACGUCAAAACAGCAGAGCUGGAGACAGUCAUCAACUCAGAGGUGUCGUACUUGCUUGCUGACAGUGAAUCCAGCAAGUUCCCCACUCUCUUCAAUGGCUUGGAUGACAACAAGGACAGGCUGGGGAUCUCAAGUUUUGGGACUUCAGCCACAACCAUGGAAGAAGUUUUCCUCAAGGUUGGAGACAGCGCUGUUGAUGAAGAUUCAUCCAUAUCAACACAGGACAGUGAUCUAAAAUCUGGAACAAAGAAUGGCAUCUUGAACCCAAGUUUCAACACUGACAAAGCAGGUUUUGAGGGAACAGAGAAUGGUGGGUGUCACUCACCAUUCAGUCUGACCAACAAGGUUGACGCACUCAAAGGUUACGAUGACUCCAUUGAUAUGAGCACUUCAGAUAUCAUGUCCUUCAACAAAGGUUUCCAGAAAAACACUGGCUUCCAGCUGAAGAAAUCCAGGUUCUGGGGCCUGUUUGUUAAGAAAGCUCUACACACCUGGCGCAACAGGGUGGUCACCUUUGUCCAGCUGCUCCUGCCUGUCAUCUUCACCAUCUUCGGACUGGCCAUUGAUAAAGCCAGGCCGAAGGGAUCGGACGAGCCUGCCCUCACUUUCAGUUUGAAAGAUUUUGGAAGUAAUUAUGUCCCAUGUGGAGCUUCAGAUGGUAACUCAAAGUUCAGGGCCUUGUACCAGUCCCAGUUUUCUGGCUCUCAAAUGGAGAAUUUUUCUCUCGCAGGGGGCUACACAUUUGACAACUACACACUAAAAAGAGCGGGAGAUCUCGGCACAGCCACAUUCAACAAGAGGAUGAUCGUGGGGAUGGGAGUGAUUGACAGCGCCACGGACAAUCUGGUGGUCACAGCAGCGUACAAUGGUCAACCGUACCACGCUCAGCCUAUCUCUGUCAAUUUCCUGAUGAAUACCAUUCUUCAGUUUUUUAUGAAUUCUUCCUACUCGCUCCAAACAAGUAUCAACCCCUUGCCCAAAGACGAGGAAGACAAAGCCAAAUUUGAUGUGACCCUGGCUUUGGGGGCUGGGUUUUCUGUGGGCUUGUUCAUUGGGUUUGGGAUGGCCUUCUUGACAACUAUGUUCAUUUAUUUCCUGAUUAAAGAGAGACAGGUCGGGGCCAAACACAUGCAAGUUGUCAGCGGAGUCGGGCCACUCUCGUACUGGAUCCCCACCUUCAUCUGGGACUUCAUUAACUACAUCAUACCAAGUCUGCUCCUGCUGAUUGUCUUCCUGGCCUACCAACAGUCUGCAUACCUGGAUGAUGGUAGAUGGGGAAUCGUCAUCCUCGUGCUGGUUAUAUAUGGCUGGGCUGUGCUGCCAUUCAUGUACGCGCUGCAGUUUGCUUUCCAGUCCCCUCCAAGUGGUGUUGUGGUUGUCAUCAUGUUGAAUAUCUUCUCAGGAAUCAUCACCACCACCGCUGUGUUUGUGCUACAAAUCCCAUCCAUCGGGACGGAAAGUAUAGCAGACAUUCUGGAUUGGGUCUUCGCUUUUAUAUUCCCCAACUACAACAUGGCAACCUGCUUCAUCAAGCUGUACACAAACUACUUGAACCUCAAGUCCUGUGCCUCUACCCAGGGUUUAUGUGCAAUGGGAAUGGUCUCCCCUUGCUGUCCUAAAACCUGUUCCAAAUCAGUUUUCUGUGUACUGUACCAAGAGGACUACAUGUCUGUUGAGAAGCCUGGCAUCGGAGUUUAUUUAAUACUUAUGGCUGUACAGGGUGCUGUGUUCUCAGUCAUUGUUCUGCUGAUUGAGUACCACUUCUUCCAGAGGAUUUGGUACUUAAUUCGCGGAGCACCUGAUUCAGGCCAAGAGCCACUGCCGUUUGACCACGCCGCCAGUCACGUUGAGGACAGCGACGUGGCAGCUGAGAGGCAGCGCAUCAACUCCUCCCCAGCUUCUGUGAUGAGCGCCACUGGAACAGAUUCCCUGUUGUUGGUCAACCUGUAUAAGAGAUAUGGAACCUUCGUGUCUGUGGACCACAUAUGUGUUGGCGUGCCAGAACAAGAAUGUUUUGGCCUGCUGGGUCAAAACGGAGCUGGCAAGACUACAACUUUUAAAAUGUUGACUGGGGAUGUCAUGGUGACUGGUGGAAAUGCCUACCUCAAGGGCAGUGAUGUUCGCAGCAAUAUUAAAGAAGUCCAAGCUAACAUGGGCUACUGCCCGCAGUUUGACGCCCUCAUUGACCAGAUGACCGGCAGAGAGACACUCUUCAUGUACGCCAGACUGAGGGGGGUGCCGGAGGAAAACAUUCCGUCGGUGGUCAACACUUUGCUGGACAUCCUCAUGUUGCGACCACACGCUGACAAACUAGCUGGACUUUACAGUGGAGGUAACAAGAGGAAGCUAAGCACAGCCAUAGCCCUGAUUGGUGACCCACCUUUCAUCAUGCUGGACGAGCCAUCUUCAGGCAUGGACCCUAAGGCCAGGAGACAACUCUGGAAUGUUUUGUCUCAGGUGCGAGCGUCAGGCCGUACUUUGGUAUUGACAUCACACAGCAUGGAAGAGUGUGAUGCACUCUGUACACGUAUAGCCAUCAUGGUGAAUGGUAAAUUCAUGUGCCUGGGCAGCCCUCAACAUCUAAAGAACAAGUUUGGCCAGGGCUACACAUUGAUCGUACAGUUAGGAGCCCUGCCAGAUGGAAGCACUGCACCCAAUGAACCUGUGAUAGACUUUAUUCUAGAGCAUUUUGCUGGCGCCAAGGUGUUUGACGACCAUCAAGGCUACAUCCACUUCCAGGUGCCAGACUCCAACGUCCGGCUGGCACAGGUGUUCUCCAUCAUGGAGGACCUGAAGAAGAACCUGAACGUGUCCGACUACUCUGUCCACCAGACCACCCUGGAGCAGGUGUUCCUCACCUUCACCCGCGCGCAGAUAGCGCCCAAGGAAGAGACCAAGCGGAGUGAGCUGGCCAAGAUCUGUUGUUGCUGCUGCAUCAAAGGGGGCUGUUAUAAAUCUUAAUAAUUGGGACAGACAUGCUUGUGUGGUUUUAGUCCAAUAUUAUUUUGGUCCAAAUAUAAAAUAAGUAAAAAUCCAGCUUAUAAAAGAAGAGAUAAGCAAGCCUGUGUAUUUUUUAGUAAAAACUGAGCAUGUAAAGGAACAGAUAAGCUUGUGCUGUUUUAGUCCAACUUUAUUUUGGUCCAAUUGUUAAAAAGGUAAAACCCAGCAUGUAGGCUACAGGAAGAGAUAAGCUUAUGCCAUUUUAGUCCAACAUUAUUUUGGUCAAAUUGUAAAAAAAGUGAAAAUCCAGCAUAUACAGGAAGAGAUAAGCAAGCCUGUGUCAUUUUUAGUCCAACGUUAUUUUGGUCCAAUUGUAAAAUAUGUAAAAACCCAGCAUGCGCAGGAAGAGAUAAGCCUGUGUCAUUUUUAGUCCAACAUUAUUUUGGUCCAAUUGUAAAAUAAGUAAAAACCAAGCACGUAAAGGAACAGAUAAGCUUGUGCCGUUUUAGUCCAACUUUAUUUUGGUCCAAUUGUAAAAAAGUAAAAACUUUGCAUGUAAAGGAACAGAUAAGCUUGUGCUGUUUUAGUCCAACUUUAUUUUGGUCCAAUUGUAAAAAAAAAAGUAAAAACGUAGCAUGUACAUAUGAGACAGUUAACUUAAAUUUAGCUUGCAAGUUUAAGCAUUGCUGUGCAAUAUUAUUCAUUUUGUUAUGUAAGCUCUUGAGUAAUUAUCUCACAUCUCAUUACAUAAUACAAUAUUAAUUGGAUAAAGUAAACUUGGAAUUACGUCUUUUUUAAUCGUGUAAAUAUUUUAAAUGGUGAUGUAACCAAAGUUUACGAGCACAAAAAAUGUAUUAUAUAUAUCCUACGUAAGAACUCCUUUUUUUAUAUUUUUUUUACAAUGUGAUGAAGAUGUUGCUUAAUUUUGUAAUUUAAAUAUAUGAAUAAAUAAAAAUAAAUGUUGAUUAGAUUUUUAAUUGACCUCAGAUUUGCCAUGAGACUGUUAAGUGGAUUACUUUUUUUUAUAAUGAUAGCUAGAUCCCGGUGGUUGAAGGUAGUUGAAUCUCAGUUGUUGGGGUACAUCUAGUCACAAAUUUUCUCAAACAGGUUUUCUUACAAUUAUUUUAGCCUACUCAAAUGGUAACACAUUCAAAACAUUGUUUUGUAGAUUGUUAGUAGUAGUUUUUGUUGUAGUUGAUGCUGGUUUAUGCGAUGGGCUUUGGAACUUAGUUCAUUAAUUCUAAUUAAUUUUAGAAAUAU